AUGGAAGAUCAACAAAGCUGUUCGAAUCAAGAUACAAGCCAACAAGCAUCGUCACCAAGCUUAGACCUAGCAAGAGAAUCCAUCCAGUCGAAAUUACUACCAUUUUGGCGGGAAAUUCCUCGGGCAUGGUUCAUUCAAUUCGAAGCCGUGGUGGAGCCGCUAAAAACAUCGGAUGACCAAAAAUUUCGCUUCGUUCUGCAACAACUCCAAGCAACGGACCUGCGACAUCUCACGGAUAUUAUGUACAACCCGCCGGAGGCAAAAAAAUAUCAAGCCAUAAAAAACCGCCUACUCGCAGUGUACGAUAAAUCCGAAGUGAAGAAUUUUCAACAACUUAUCAGCGGUUUAGAGCUCGGUGACCAGAAGCCCUCGCAACUACUGCGAAGAAUGCGUGAACUCUGA